CAGCCACUGAGAACGCGCUCCUUGGGUCGCGCGCGGCGGAACGAGGCGAGGCGUGGAAAGCCGAGGCGAGCGAGGGAACGCGGGAAACAUGAAGAGGCAGGGACUCUCCUCGGAGCGGAAACUGGCGCGGAUCUCGUCGGGGAAGGCCGGAGCAGCAAAUGGAUCUCUCAUGGAAGUGUGUGUUGAUUCAGUGGAGUCAGCAGUGAAUGCAGAAAGAGGAGGUGCUGGUCGGAUCGAAUUAUGUUCUGGUUUAUUAGAAGGAGGAACCACACCCAGCAUGGGUCUCCUUCAAAUAGUGAAACAGAGUGUUCAGAUCCCAGUUUUUGUGAUGAUUCGGCCACGUGGAGGUGAUUUUUUAUAUUCAGAUCGUGAAAUUGAGGUGAUGAAGGCUGACAUUCAGCUUGCCAAGCUUUAUGGUGCUGAUGGGUUGGUAUUUGGUGCAUUAACUGAAGAUGGACAGAUUGACAAAGAGCUGUGUAUGUCCCUUAUUGCUCUUUGCCGUCCUCUGCCAGUCACUUUCCACCGAGCCUUUGACAUGGUUCAUGAUCCAAUGGCAGCCCUAGAGACCCUCUUAACCUUGGGAUUUGAGCGAGUAUUGACCAGUGGAUGUGACAGUUCAGCACUAGAAGGACUACCCUUAAUAAAGCGACUCAUAGACGAGGCAAAAGGCAGGAUUGUGGUAAUGCCAGGGGGUGGCAUAACAGACAGAAACCUACAAAGGAUCCUUGAGGGUUCAGGGGCCACAGAAUUCCACUGUUCUGCUCGGUCUGCUAGAGACUCAGGAAUGAAGUUUCGAAAUUCCUCUGUUGCUAUGGGAGCCUCGCUUUCUAGCUCAGAAUAUUCUGUAAAGGUAACAGAUGUGACCAAAGUAAGGACUUUGAAUGCUAUUGCAAAGAAUAUCCUGGUUUAGCCAGACCUCUCUGAGACACAUGACGAUCUCUGGAUAAAGGUAGAAGUAUAACCUACAAUUCCUUAUGAGACAGCUUUAACUUACUUCUCUUCACAUGGCCAUGGAGAAUGUUUUCCAGAAGAAAAAGAACUUGAAACAGGAUACAAUCACUUCCUUUGCUUAAUCUUGCCAGCCAUUGCCGUCAUCAUGAUUAAAUCUGGUCUGUGCUUUCUCUGCAGACAGACUUAGCUUGUGGUGAACUGGGAAAACUCAGCUGCAAGGUACGAAUUUAGAGUGUGACUUCAGGAUCAAUUCAAUAGCAACGUUUUGCUUUUUCAUUUAUAAAAUAAAAAUUUCCACUCUAUUAUGAUAUGGCCUCUUAUUUUUACCCUGAAUGCAUUCCAUAGCCAAGUAUGAAAAGGAAGAUUUUGUUUUGCUUUUUACUUCAUUUUCUCAUCAUGAUGUACUUAUUAUAUAUGCUGUCCUGGAUGAGAUGUUAAGGGUACAAAGUAAAAUGAUACAGCAUAAAAAUUCCCAGAUUUGAGUAGCAUAUAAAAGUUCCUAAAUUCAGUAUCAUAUGCACUUGCACAUAUUUGGAAUUUUGGCCUGACCCUCCCCCAUGCUUGGACUUCUCUAUAUGAUCUUCCUUAGAGACAAAAGCAGGCCAUGUUAUCAUCUCCAUUUUAAGUGAUAUACUCAUGUUAAAGCACCAGAUACAUGGUAAGCACUCAUUAAAUGUUGGUUCCUUUUUCCCAGAUUGGCUUUCUGGUAUUAAUCUUUGAUAGUUUAAAAGCCUUUCCCAGGAUUCCAGGCAUUGAGUGAUAAAGCCAGCAUUUACUCUGUACCUUCCACUACGUGAAUAUGAAUAUAUGAAGCAUAAAGUAAUCCCUACCUUGAUUUUUUCCGCUUACGUCUAGUUUUUAAAAUAUGUACUAGGGCUAGCUCUGUGGUGUAGUGGGUAAAGCUGCCACCUGCAGUGCCGGCAUCCCAUAUGGGUGCCGGUUCAAGUCCCGGCUGCUCCACUUCUGAUCCAGCUCUCUGCUGUGACCCUGGAAAGCAGUAAAACAGGGCCCAAGUCCUUGGGCCUCUGUACCCACGUGGGAUACCCGGAGAGGGUCCUGGCUCCUGGCUUCAGAUUGGUGCAGCUCCGGCCAUUGCAACCAUUUGGGAAGUGAACUAGUGAUGGAAGACUGACCUCUCUCUGCCUCUGCCUCUGACCCUCCUUCUCUCUCUGUGUAACUCUGACUUUCAAAUAAAUAAAUAAAUCUUUAAAAAAUAUUUACUGAGGGGCCGUCACUGUAUUGUAGCAGGAAAAGCCAUGGCCUGCAGUGUUGGCAUCCCACAUGAGCACCAUUUCAAGUCUCAGCUGCUCCACUGCCAAUCCAGCUCUCUGCUAUGGCCUGGGAAAGCAGAAGAUGGCCUGAGUGCUUGGACCCCUGCACUCAAGUGAGAGACCUGAAAGAAGCUUCUGGCUCCUGGCUUUAGAUCAGCUCAGUUCCAGCAGUUGUCAUCUGGGGAGUGAACCAGCAGAUGGAAGACCUCUCUGUCUCUGCCUCUCUGUAACUCUGCCUUUCAAAUAAAUAAAUAAAUCUUUUAAAAAAUUACUGAUAAUUUCAUGUGUGUAAGUUCCUUAUCAGCAAUAUUUCAAGUAUUUUGAGGAUAGGGAGGCAUGACUUCAGAUUUUUGUAUGAGUGGGUCUUCAAAAAGUUUGUGGAAAAUAUGUAUUGUGGAGAAACUAUGCACAUGUUUCAAAAUUUUUUAAAAAUAAUUACUUGGGAGGCAGUUACAGAGGGAGAGAGAGAGAGAGAGAUCUUCCAUCCACUGGUUCACUCCCCAAUUGCUGCAACAGCUGGAUCUGGGCUGAUCCAAAGCCAGGAGCUUCAUCCAGUCUCCCACACAGGUACAGGGACCCAAGCACUUGGGCCAUCUUCUACUGCCUUUUCAGGCCAUCAGCACGGAGAUAACCGGCAUUCAAUCCGAGAUGCUGGCACCUCAGGCUUAACCUGCUAUGCCACUGUACUGACACCGAUUUCAAAAUUUUUUAAUGAAGGGGCCAGUGCUGUGGCACAGUGGGUUAACGCCCUUGCCUGAAGCGCCGGCAUCCCAUAUGGGCACCAGUUCUAGUCCCAGCUGCUCCACUUUUGAUCCAACUCUCCGCUAUGGCCUGGGAAAGCAUAAGAAGAUGGUCCAAGUCCUUGGGCCCUAGCACCCGCAUGGGAGACCAGGAAGAAGCUCCUGGCUCCUGGCUCCUAGCUUCGGAUCGGUGCAGCUCUGGACGCUGCAGCCAAAUGGGGAGUGAACCAUCAGAUGGAAGAUCUCUCUCUCUCUCUCUCCCUCUCCUCUCUCUCUGUGUAACAAUGACUUUCAAAUAAAUAAAUCUUUAAAAAAAUUUUUAAUGCCAAAAUAAGAUGCCCUUUUGGUUCCUUUUUUUCAGUGGAGCUUUUUUAUUCAGCAUUCACUGUAGCAAGUAUUACCCUUGGAUAACUUUUUUUUUUUUUUUAAGAUUUGUUUAUUUAUUUGAAAGAGUUACACAGAGAGAGGAGAGGCAGAGAGAGAGAGAGAGAGGUCUUCCAUCUGAUAGUUCACUCCCCAAUUGGCUGCAACGGCCAGAACUGUGCCGAUCCAAAGCCAGGAGCCAGGAGCUUCUUCGUGGUCUCCCAUGUGGGUGCAGGGGCCCAAGGACCUUGGCCAUUUUCUACUGCUUUCCCAAGCCAUAGCAGAGAGCUGGAUUGGAAGAGGAGCAGCCGGAACUAGAACCAGUGCCCAUAUGGGAUGUGGGUGCUUCAGGCCAGGGCUUUAACCCACUGCACCACAGCGCUGGCCCCAUGAUAUCUUUUUUAUUUUUUUAUUUUUAUUUUUAUUUUUUGCCAGGCAGAGUUAGUGAGAGAGACAGAAAGGUCUUCCUUUUGUUGGUUCACUCUCCUAAUGGCCACUACAGCCAGCGCUGCACCGAUCUGAAGCCAGGAGCAGGGUACUUCCUCCUGGUCUCCCAUGCAGGUGCAGUUACCCAAGCACUUGGGCCAUCCUCCUCUGCCCUCCCAGGCCACAGCAGAGAGCUGGACUGGAAAAGGAGCAACCAGGACUAGAACCCGGGGUGCCGGCGCUGCGGGCAAAGGAUUAGCCAAGUGAGCCAUGGCACCAGCCCCCCAUAAUAUCUUUUUUUUUUUUUUUUUUUUUUACAGGCAGAGUGGACAGAGAGAGAGAGAGACAGAGAGAAAGGUCUUCCUUUGCUGUUGGUUCACCCUCCAAUGGCCACCGCGGCUGGUGUGCUGUGGCCGGCGCACCGCGCUGAUCCGAAGGCAGGAGCCAGGUGCUUCUGGUCUCCCAUGGGGUGCAGGGCCCAAAUACUUGGGCCAUCCUCCACUGCACUCCCUGGCCACAGCAGAGAGCUGGCCUAGAAGAGGGGCAACUGGGAAAGAAUCCGGUGCCCUGACCGGGACUAGAACCCGGUGUGCCAGCGCCGCAAAGCGGACAAUUAGCCUAGUGAGCUGCGGCACCGGCUUCCCCCCAUAAUAUCUUAAUACUAGCCAAUUGCCUGCCCCUCAACUAAGUUUUUGAAAUACCCUUGGAGCUCUCGUUUGCUACCACACUGUAUAUUUGUAGUAUUGAUUAUCUUGCCUAGUAGAAGAGCACUGAAUUGGGAAUUAGAACCUCAAUUCUGGUCCUGAUUCUGUCACUGACUUUGAUAACUAUGCUGGGUAUUUUUUGUUUGCUCUUCCAGAUCCAUUCUCCACAACGGCCCACAUCAGUGGCUUUCAUGCCCUUCAACUUCUGGUUGGGCCUGGCCAAUGGAAAAUAUCACAGGAGAUGGCAGGGUGGAAAGUUCUUCCCUACCAUAUUGUUGGGAGUUGGCUGUGUCCCUUUAGGGAUCGUAGCUCCUAUCAGUUGUUCCUGGACCCACCCUUUCUGGGUUCUGAUAAAUAGUCCUUUCCCUUUGCCUCUUCAGGCUUAUAGAUGGUGAUAAUGCCAGAUUGUUAUUAGACCUGGCUUACUGCACUAUUUAUUCCUUGUUGUUUUCUUAAACCCAUACCCAUACCUUAAUAUAGUUCUUUAUUAAACUUUCCUCAAAUUGUCCUAUUAAAGUAUAUCAUCUGUUUCUUACCAGGGCCUUAACUAAUAAGUAAUCUACAACCUUUCAAGAAUUCAAAUUCUCUAUUUGUAAAUUCUUCCCAACUUCAGCACGUGUUUGAACCAUCACACACUGCUACUUGAAUGCUACAGAGUGUUACACUCCAUAACAAAAGGAUUCUAUUCAUAACUUCAAAUAGAGGUAUCUUUGGGGGCAUUUAUAUCUUUUCUAUAAUUCAAUGUAUUAUCUUCGAUUCUGUUCCCAAAGCAACAUGAUGCCACUUUCUGGUAUAGAGUUACUUUUGGGCUUUUAUGAUUUUUUCAUCCCUACACACAUUGAGCACUUUUUUUUUUUUUUAAAGAUUUAUUUAUUUGAAAGAGUUACACGAAGAGGAGAGGCAGAGAGAGAGAGAGAGAGAGAGGUUUUCCAUCCACUGGUUCACUCCCCAGUUGGCUGCAUCAACCGAAGCUGUGCCGAUCUGAAGCCGGGAGCUUCUUCUGGGUCUCCCACGUGGGUGCAGGGCCUCAAACACUAAGUAAACCAGCAGACAGGAUAUCUCUCUGCCUUUCAAAUAAAAAUGAAAACUAAGAAUUAUAAAAAAUUAUCUGGUUGUAAACAUAUUUAAUGGUGAAAUAAUAGUAAACACUUAUGAGAUUGGGAAUGAGACAAGGAUGCCCACUAUCACCAUUUCUAACACUUUACUGGCAAUCUUAGUACAAAAAGGCAAAACAAAAAUUUAAUUUUUUUUUUUUUUUUUUUGGACAGGCAGAGUGGACAGUGAGAGAGAGAGAAAGGUCUUCCUUUUGACGUUGGUUCACCCUCCAGUGGCCGCUGCGGCUGGUGAGCUGUGGCCAGCGCACCGCGCUGAUCCGAAGCCAGGAGCCAGGUGCUUCUCCUGGUCGCCCAUGUGGGUGCAGGGCCCAAGCACUUGGGCCAUCCUCCACUGCACUCCCUGGCCACAGCAGAGAGCUGGCCUGGAAGAGGGGCAACCGGGACAGAUUCCGGCGCCCCGACCGGGACUAGAACCUGGUGUGCUGGCGCCGCAAGGCGGAGGAUUAGCCUAUUGAGCCACGGCACCGACAAAACAAAAAUUUUUAAAGAUUGGAGAGGAAGACAUAAAACUAUAUUUUUUGCAGACAUUGUAUAAAGAAAAUUUUUAAAAAAUUUAUUAGUUACUAGUGAAUUCAGCAAGGUUAUUGGGUGUAGUUAACAUAAAAAUUUCAUUCCUAUAUUCCAGGAAAAAAAUUAGAAAAUGAAUUGUAAAUGAUAUAAAAACAUUACGUAUUUGAAAUAUGUUCAGUUUAUUUUAUGUGUUAUACCUCAGUGAGGCUGUUUCCAAAUGAUACUAUGUGUAACCACAUAUUACAAUAUCAGUACUAUAUUGGAUGCCUAGUAAACUAAUAAAAUUUAAUUUCAUGUGAACAUUUUAAUACAUGCCUGGCUUAGUAAUUUUCGUACUUCUCAUUCGUUCUCUCUUCUCUCAGAACACAGUACUUCAUCAGCAUUAGCAGUUUAUAAUACGCUGGGAUACCAUGGGAAAUUAAGUCUGUGUGUUGUAUUUUUUUUUUAAGAUUUUAUUUAUUUGAGAGGUAGAGUUCCAGACAGAGAAACAGAGAGAAAGGCCUUCCAUACAAAUGACUGCAGUGGCUGGGGCUGGGCCAGACCAAAACCAGAAGCCAGGAGCUUCUUCCAGAUCUCCCAUGCAGGUACAGGGGCCCAGGCACUAGGGCCAUCUUCCCCUGUUUUCCCAAGCCAUAGCAGAGGGCUGGAUCAGAAGAGUAGCAGCCAUAUGGGAUGUUGGUGCUGCAGGCAGAUGCUUAGCCUACCAUGCCACAGCAUUGGCCUCUGUGUUGUAUUUUAGGCUCUUCAUUAUACUUUACUCUGGAAUGGUCUUUUUUCCUCCAUGAGAGCAUGUACUUAAGCAGGAAGCUCAUAUUUGUAUUUUUCCCACAGUAUUUCUUACAUGGUAGAUGAUUAAAAAUAUCUGUUAAUAUAAAUUUAUUUGAUAGUAGAUUAUAGUCGGUUAUGUUGAUUCUGUUGAUAUCUGAGAUCUUCUAAUCCAUUGAAACAGCAUUCAUUUGAUUGCUAACUGAAGAGUAGUUCACCCAGUUCUUUCCAUCAGGGGAAAAUUUAUCAGAUAGACCUUUCCUUUCCUCUUGCAUCCUUAAAUUCCAGUUCUGGUAAAACUGGAGCCAAGUUUUUGUUUUAAUUCAUUGGAUCUAAAGUUUUAGGAACCCCUUUCUUUCAAGAUACAAUGUUUACUUUUUUCCCAGAAUUCAUCAGGUCUUCAGGUCAUUUAUAAUUUGGUUUCUUAUGAUCCUUUGUGCCUUAAAAAGGGCUCACUGGUGGCUCAUAAACCAAAAGUUCGAAAGCCCUGUCUACAAAAAUAGGAAUAUUUGAAAGUUAAAUGCAGAUUAUGUAUUAUUAACUGUUUCCCUAUGUUUCUCUAGUUCAGCUGAAGAAGUUAUAAUUAGCUUUCCAGUAUUCUAUCAACUCCUUUCCCGAAGUGUGGUUAUCAAACUAACAGCAUCAGUGUCAUCUGGGAAUUUAUUAAAGAUGAAAGUUUUUGAGCUCCAUUCCCCUAAAUCUAUGGAAUCAAACUCUGUAAUUGGACCCAGCAAUCCAUCAGUUUACCCAAUCCUAUAGGUGAUUCUGAGAGAUUUCAAAGAAUAUAUAGUACAAGGGUACUUCAAAAAAUUCAUGGAAAAAGUGCAGUUAAUUUUGGUGCAAAGCAUUUGAAGUCUCUGCAGUUUUUCAUAAUAUGCAUUGUCCAUGAACUUUUUGGAGAUCUCUGUGCACAGAUGCCAAAUGUUUGUACCAAAAUAAACUUUGUUUUUCCACAGAUGUUUUGAAGUACCUUUGUGUAUAGUGAUACUAAAAUUUCAGAAGUGACAAGUAUUGGGAGAAAGUCUUAUUAGAGGAAGACUAGUGAAACAAGCUAGAAUAUGGUACUGACAGAGAAAAAGUCAUAACUCCAAAUGAUAGUUAAAGAUAACCAAGUGGGGGCCGGUGCUGUGGCAUAGCAGGUAAAGCUGCCACCUGCAGUGCUGGCAUUCCAUAUGGGCGCUGGUCGGGGUCCUGGCUGCUCCACUUCUGAUCCAGCUUUCUGCUAUGCCUGGGAAAGCAGUGGAGAUGGUCCAAGUAAUUGGACCCUGCACCUGCAUGGGAGUCCCAGAAGAAUCUCCUGGCUCCUGGCAUUAGAUCGGCCCAUCUCUGGCUGUUGCAGCCAUCUGGGGAGUGAACCAGCAGGUGGAAGACCACUCUCUCUCUCUAACUCUGCCUUUCAAAUAAAUAAAUCUAGAAACAAAAUAAAGAAGAAA